GACAACUGUUGGCUGCCCUUCUUCGUUCGGGCCGUCAUCGAACGGUUUUUAUUGACAAUUGGUGAUGGUCGUGUUGUAGCAAUCGUGCAAAAUGCGAAUUUAACUCCAAAUUGGUCUUAUUAGCCCCCAUUUUCACCGUUGUAUGUGCUUGACAGUUGGGAAAAUCGCCCGGGAAUGGAUACAAAACGCAAACUAUCGACGCAGGGAGAUUCGCUGUACCAGAUCUUAGCACUGCCGAAGACUGCAACGUCCGAAGAAAUCAAGAAAACUUACAGACGACUAGCCCUCAAGUACCAUCCAGAUAAGAACCCCAAUAAUCCGGAAGCAUCUGAGAAGUUUAAGGAAGUGAAUAGGGCGCAUUCGAUUCUGAGUGAUCCGACCAAAAGGAACAUUUAUGAUAAUUACGGCUCUUUGGGGCUCUACAUUGCCGAGCAGUUUGGCGAGGAGAAUGUCAACGCGUAUUUUGUUGUUACGUCGACUUGGUGCAAGGCACUCUUUGUCGUGUGUGGCAUCCUGUCGUGUUGUUACUGUUGCUGUUGUUUAUGCUGCUGUUGCAACUUCUGUUGUGGGAAAUGCAAACCACGACCGCCUGAAGAAACCGGCGAUUAUCACACAUUGAAUCGAGAACAAGGUCCAAGUAAUGAACCUGUAACGAUCCAGCCAGGUAAAAGGGAGGACGGAUCUGACGAUGAAUUGGCCGGUUCGCCUAAGAACGAUUCAGCGAUUACAUCACAACCGUCUCCUAAAAAGGGCCCGAAUGCGCCCGUUUACGCCAUGCCGCCGCCAACGUCCAAUUUGGGCGAAAGUGCGGCCCUCAAUCAGGGCGACGUGCCCGUCUACACGCCAGGGAUGACGAAUUCGCCAUCGAAAGGUCAACAGUGGUGAGGAGAGAGAGUCGACGUUAACUACCAUCUAGCUCUUUAAUCCUCUAGUCAUGAGAAAGACCCUAAAACACGUCGAAUUCGUCUGGAUUUACACUUAAAAAAGUAUUUUUUGUCUCCUUGUCUUACCAUUUAUCGACACAUUUAAAACUAUUAGCCAAGUUUAAAAUAAAAAUGAAAGUACGAAUUUUUUGUAGCAAAACUCGUGUCAUGUUUAUUAGCACGUAAAAGGGUAUACAAUGUUAUAAGGAACGCCAUUUAUUAUACUUACGUCCUUCCUUUUUAUUGAUUUUUCGUUUAUUUAUUAAGGACUCGACGAGUCCUAGUAUUGUAUGCUACUUUUUUGGCAGUUGUUUAUUUUUUCUUCAAUUUUACAACUUGUUGUAAAGGGGUAUAUAAGUAUGUACUUGCUGUUAGUGUUAAAUUCAAUUUUUGAAUUAUCAAUUUUAGUGAGGACACCUGUUUGUAAAAAUAAUACUUGCAUCACUAGUUAAAAAUCUGUAAUUUUACUAUUUAUGAAUGUAUAAUUGUUAACAAACGAUUAUUUUAGCUUAGAUAUUAUACAGCAACUUCAAUGUACAUUAUGAAUUAAAUUGCGUAACAACA